AUGCUAAACACAAGUACUAGCACUAACAACGCUUUUCAUUAUUAUAGUAACAAAAAUAAUAACAACUCUUCGGAGACCAUAGUGCCUACCACACCUUUUGUUACAAAUAGCAUUACCAACGCUUGUAAAAACAAUGACGAAGAACAACAAAAAACUGUUGAGUCUAGCAGUAUAGAUCUAUAUAAUGAUGAUGCUGAUGAUGUGUUAGCUAAUGUUGUUAAAAAUCUAAAUGUUUAUGAUUUAAUUAGCCAUCAGGACAUAACUACAGAUGAUGAUGAGGAGGAAGGAGAGGAAGUACAUUAUUUUUCACGUAGCCAUAAUGUUGAUAACAAUCAACUCAAUAAUAAAGAGGAGGACGAUGGAGAUAACUGUGACGAGGAUGAUGACGAUUUAACUGUCAAAAGUUGGAACAACCACAGUGAAGAUGAAGUUACUUGCAAAAAAUCGUCUGGUUUCGAUAAUUCUGCUGAUUUUACUUCGUUAUUGGUUUCUCCUGCUGAUUUAAAUGGAAAAGAUGAGAAAAAAAAUAAUAGCUGUGAUGCCGGUAACAAUAGUGCUGAUGUACCAUUUAAUACAACAAGUAGUGCAGUGUUCAACUCGUUUUUGAAUCAUACAGCAUAUGGUCCCAGUUCCGCUCCUAAAAAAAUCACCAAGAGUUUGAAAGCGAUUAAUACUUUUGCAUUGGUUGGUCAUAACGCUGGUAAAAUUAAUUCUGUGGAUUCGCCAGGUUCUUCCUCUUCUGCCACCGCAAGUAGCAUAGACUCCAUGUGUUCUGGUUUAAAUACGCCUUCUCCUAUUAAGAGACUAAAAUCAUCUUUGAAGGUUAGCGGUUUAUGCAAAGGACAAAAAUGUAAAAGAAGUAAUUCCACUCUAUCGGUAGGUUCAUCGGCUAAGAGUGUUAGGUUUUCUAAUGACUUGAUUCACGUCAAAAGGUUUGAUUCCAACUCUGAACCUAUAUCCAUAUCUUCGGAAGCUUCACCGCAACUAGUCUCAAUAGAUGAUACCGAGGAAGAUGAGGAAGAUGAAGAGGGACAGGGAGUUGGUAAAAGUCGCGAUGGUUUUUGGUUUGGUACCUCUUUAUCUAAGAUGAACAGCUUGCCUUUGUUUUCAUUGGAUGAUGGAGAUGAUUAUGAUUAUGAUUGUGGAUUCGGAAAUGGUAAUGGUGCUAGUCGUGAUACUGAUAGAAGAAGUGGACAUUUAUUGUUUAAGAAUAAUCAUAGUAACGGCAGUGUUGGUAGUGUGAAGCCCUCGUUUAGUUUGUUUGGAGAUGAUGAAGAGGAGGAAGGUCUCGAAGGAUAUAAUGGGAACGAUAGUGCUUAUACUUUUACUAACAAUUCACUCCUUUUGAAUAAGGCUAGUCAUAAGUAUAAUAUCAAAAAUAUUACCAAUGAGCACAAAAGGACGGGUUGUUUUGGGUUUGAUAUUAACAAUGACUUUAAGGAUGAAUAUGGGUAUUAUAAUGAUGACUAUUAUGAUGACUACAGUAAUGAUACCUCAGACUUGGAAAGAGAAGUUGUUAAUAAAUUUCAUAAAUCAAACACCGCCAGCCGUGGUAGUAGCGCUAUGAGUAAGAAGGGGUACAAUAAUACUAAAUCUGGUGCUAAACAUAUUUCGACUGCUAAGGAUGUUCUCAUUGGAAACGACCUUAGUUCCAUAAGCGUCACUGAUUGGCAUAUGACUUUGAAUAACAUACAUCCAUUUAUAUCUACUGUUACAGAACCUCCUGAACGUGACAUUUUAAAUUAUUUAAAUGGUAUUAACAUUAAGUUGCAUUCUAUCUCCUGUAAUCCUAGUAAUGGCAAGUUGACUGGCUACAUUUUUGUCACAAAUUUGAAUUUUGAGAAAUUUAUAGAAAUUAAGUAUACCUGUAACGGUUGGGUAGACAUGCAUUAUGUUGUGGCGCAUUAUCAUAAAACACUGUCUCCACAGAUUGAUGAGUUUAAAUUUGAGAUUGAUUUGUCCAAACUAAGAUUUUUCUUGUUGGGCAAGAGAAUUUUGAGUAACACCGGCAGCAAUACCAAUAAUAUGAGCAGGUUUGUCAUGGAGCUAUGUUGUAGAUACGAUGUCAGUGGACAGACAUAUUAUGAUAAUAAUGACUAUAAGAACUAUAAGUUUACAUUAAGUGCUAAGUUAGGUGUCAGCGCAGCCAAUAAGGACAAAUUUAGUAGGGAUAUGUUUCCGUUACGUAGGACUGUGAGCUUGAACGCAUUACCGAGUAGGCGUAAGUAUAGUGAAGCAGACAACAAAAAUUCAACUGAAACUGAUGGUGACAAAAAGGGUGACAAAAAGGGUGACAAAAAGGGUGACAAAAAGGGUGACAAAAAGGAUAGUGUUUUAAGAACUUUUACUGAUGAUACUGACUACUUUAAUGAUUCUCCAUUAAAAAACUUGUAUCACCAUCCGACUUCAGUGAAUUCACCAGUAAGUAGUUUUGGAAAUGUUAAGAGUGCUAAUGUUAAUAAUAACAAUAACAAUGGCAACAAUGAUAAUAACAGUGGCAAUGACAAUAAUAAUGAUAAUAAUUUUGUUGCUGGAGAUUUUAAGAUGAAGAAUUAUGUCUUAACUAACGGCAGGUAUAAGUUUGAAAAUAAUGUCGGUAAUGCCGACAGUCGUGCUUGCAACAAUAUAGAUACAAUCAUGUCUAGUGAUGCUAAUGGUGCCAAUGACGACAAGACCCCUUCAUAUUCUAGUGUCAGUGAUGACACAUCAAGGAGCACUGAUACAGGUUCCAGUAGCAGCAGUGCUAAUGAUGAUUCUCUGUCAGCAAUAAAUAGAAGCGCGGUUGUUAUUAAUCGUAUAGAUAGCGGAUCAUCGCUUGAGUCAUCUUUACAGUUCAAUGGUGGAAGUGCCAAUAAUAGUUUUGAUAAUUUAAAAUGUCUGAGUAACAGCAGCUUGCAAAAAUUAUUAAUGCUAUCGUCAAGUAGCAAUUCCAUAUUUAGGGAAUUUGGUAGACAGAAAGAAAAUAUGAAUUUUAAUUCUGCUGGUGGUGCUACAACGAAUAAUGCUAAUGGUAGUAACAAUAGCGGAAAUGAUGGCAAUAAGGUUGACUAUAAUGUUAUUUUGCAAAAUUAUUGUUUUUAUAAGCCGCCCGGUAACAAAAAAUUAUCUACGGCCAAUAUUACUGCGAAGAGUAAUGAAGCUUAUUCGUUCACCAGGGUUAAUGAUUUGGGGUCACAUUGUCAUGGACCGCAGAACGACUUAACUUUCACUUCUUCUGCUACUGGUAAUGAUGAUGAUUGUGGUGAUGAUGCUGCUCCUGGUUAUUUUUUCAACCCUGUCGCCGCAAUUACUUCGGAUGCAUUUUUUACAUGA